AGACAGUUCAAAAACCGAGAUCAAAUCGUUUACGUCUGAAGUUUCGUUUCUCGCACCAACACCUUCUGUAGAUAUAUUCAAAAACGAUAUUGGACCUCCACAGUAUUGCAAACUGAAAGGAUUAAUAUAGAUCGAUAGACCUCCUAUCCUUAUUACUGAAGACUGAAGACUAAAGACUGAAGUUGUUUGCCCUUCGACUUUCGAUUCUUAUACUUGCAGAUACUGAACAUAGAAUGUUAUUUAAGGCACCUCUUUCGUUUGUGUGGUUGUGGUGAUGAUUCGUUCGACGGCUGUCAACUUUAUAAAAAGUUGCCAUAAAACUGUCCCAUAUAUUUAUUUUAAGCCAUGUGCAAACCAUUCUACUAAUCCAGAAUAUGUAAAUGCAACCGAGCCUUACGAAGUAUUCAGAUCCCGUUUCGUGAAUGCAUUUGAUGAUCCAAAAAUUGACGGUUGGGGGGCUAGAUCAUGGAUGCAGAAACUUCAUCUAGAAGACGCCGUUCCGCCCCCAGAAGUGGUGAUUAGUGGCCUUAAGGCUUGUAGACGCAUCAACGACAUCGCUCUGGCUAUAAGGUUUAUUGAAUCUGUGAAGUUUAAGUGCCACGUUGCCAAAGGUGCUUGGGAGUGGCUUCAAAAAGAGAUUGAACCCACAAUGAAACAACUCGGUUUGCCAACUUUAGGACAACUUGGAUAUGACGAACCUGAGUUGGCUCUAAUUGACUAUGACGAUUAAUAGCAUUGUAUAAUCCAGAGAAAAAUACAUAGAGUUGUUCUGUUGGGACUAUUAUUCCUUUAUCACACAUGAUAGCUGAUGUGGUUCUGAUCUGUUAUUAAAUUCAAUAUGACCAUUUCUAAUAUUUCAGUCAAUGGGUAGUAAAUAGUGAGUUUUAGCUCCUACCGACCAAAUACACUCCUGCUCGCAAGUACUUGUUUUGUCAGCCGAAAAUUUUAUUUUUAAUCAUCUCACGUACCCCUCUCAUAAGCUCUUGUGAUCUGAAAGAGUAAUACGGCAGUAGAUCAAAUUACAGCGUUGAUGAAAGUAUAUCUUCAAUAAGAAAAUUGUCAUGGUUUUUUGAUUACUAGUUACUCGAAAGUUUUAUAAGCAGUAACAGCUGGUCGCCAGUAUUUCUAACAUGUUAGGAGCUAC